AUGGUGAAGAGAUUGAAAGUCGAUUAUGAGGAAGAUCCCUUCAUUCGGACUUCCACCAGCGAAGCAAAGAAGCCUUCAGUGUUGCGACCAAUCAAAAAGGUCAUAUUGGAACCGUCAGCCGCCGUCUGUGCAGAAGAUCCGUUUUCUUCGUGUACUAUCAAGUAUGCGCAACCAUCGUCCAGUUUGAAGGAACCCAGUGAACCGGAUGGCAAAGAAGGUUCUCGCAAUUCCACUGCGGCCAACGUUUUUCGUGAAACGUUCUCGUCUCUGAAUGAUCGAGUCUCUUGUCGUCUUGCUGCAUUCAAGCUCAAAAAAUCGCGGUGA